AGCGGAGAGAGCAGCGCCCGCCGCCCGCGCUGCGGCUCGGUCGCGCCGGCCCCGCGGGCUCCCGCCGCCGCCAGCAUGCAGCCCCCCGCCCUCGGCAUCCUCCUGCUCAUCGCCUGCUUCGGCAGCGCCCGGGGAAACCUCUCCCGCGACGAGAGCCAGCCCACGACGUCGGACGAGACCGUGGUGGCCGGGGGCACGGUGGUGCUCAAGUGCCAGGUGGAGGAUCCUGAUGAUUCCUCGCUGCAGUGGUCCAACCCUGCCCAGCAGACCCUGUACUUUGGGGAGAAACGAGCCCUGCGGGAUAACAGGAUCCAGCUGGAGAGGUCCACCCCCAACGAGCUGACCAUCAGCAUCAGCGACGUGGUGCUGGCCGACGAGGGCGAGUACACCUGCUCCAUCUUCACCAUGCCCGUGAGGACAGCCAAGGCCCUGGUCACCGUGCUGGGAAUCCCCCAGAAGCCGCAGAUCUUCGGGCACGAGCAGCCCAUCGACGAGGAGAAGGUGGCGCGGCUCCUCUGCCGCUCCUCCGGCAGCAAACCCGCGGCGCAGCUGCGCUGGAGGAAGGGCAACAGGGACAUCAAGGACUCGGGCACCGAGGUGGUGGAGGACCCCAACGGCAAGACCUUCACGGUGACCAGCCGGGUGGAGUUCCGUGUCACCAAGGAGGACAAUGAGGUCGAGGUCACCUGCACCGUGGACCACGAGUCCCUGCAGAACUCAGAGAGGUCCACCACGCAGAAGCUGCAGGUCCACUACAAGCCCACGGCGAAGAUCGAGCCGCACCCGCAGUACCCUCGGGAGGGGGAGAAGCUGCAGCUGCAAUGUGACGGGCAGGGCAACCCCAUCCCGCAGGAAUUCCUCUGGGAGAAGGAGGGCAGCGACGCUCCGCUGCAGCUCAGCUCCGACAGCGUCCUCAUCUUCCCCUUCCUCAACAAGAGUGACAGUGGCACCUACGUGUGCACGGCCACCAGCUCCAUGGGCAGCGUGGUGGCCAAGUACAACCUGGACGUCAGCGAUCUUCCCCAGCUCCCCACCCCACACGUUCACUCCACCCUGGGCCCUUCCCAGCCCAUCUGUCAUGCUUCCAUGGCCUCGGCUCCAUCCUUCACUCCAGCUCCCAUCCAAGAUGCCAGCCCGGUGCCCUCGACCUCCAGCACCUACCACGCGAUGAUCGGCGGGGUGGUGGCUGUCAUCGUCUUCCUCCUGCUCAGCCUCCUCAUCGUGCUGGGACAUUACCUGAUCAGGCACAAAGGGACGUACCUGACCCACGAGGCCAAAGGCUCGGACGACGCUCCGGACGCCGACACCGCCAUCAUCAACGCCGAGGGCGGCCAGGCCGGCGGCGACGACAAGAAGGAAUAUUUCAUCUAAAAGGGUCAGAGA